AUGCAUCUUAUGACAGGCCCUGCAGGUCGCUGAAGUAUGGGGUCCCUGGGCCUCCACAGCAUCCCCCAAGUCCUACACACGGUCCUUUUAACAGCGCUGGUCAUGAUGAGCUUGGUAUUUGGUAAGUGGCUCUAAGGGGUCAGAAGGGUCUCCUGGUCUGUGCUUAGUGAUUUUGAUCCUGAUUCGGUUCAGCUCCCCAAAUACCUGCGCUGCUAUCGAUGCCUCUUGGAGACCAAGGAGUUGGGUUGCCUUCUGGGGUCUGACAUCUGCCUCGCCCCGCCUGGCAGCAGCUGCAUGACUCUCCUCAUAAAGAACAACAGUGGUUCUGACAUCAUGGUGAGUGACUGCCGCCGCAAGGAGCAGAUGAGUGACUGUUCAUAUACCCGCUCUUCUCCAGUGUUUGGCUUCUGGAUAUUUUCUCGAUGCUGCUUCCGGGAGUUCUGCAAUAACCCCCAGAACAGAGUCUUCUAUAUUCCUUAG